AUGCUCGGUCUGCUAGUGUCUGUCUUUACCCUAGGUUUCUGCACUGUCGCGUCAGCCCAGCGCAACCUCACAGUUCCCAACUCAUUCCCUCAUGCAUGGCCAGGCCAGCCGAACACCACCACCUUCGGACCUGAUUGGCAGAGCUACUUCGAGGUAACGCAGAGCCUGCCUAACAUCACAGGCGUCCUCCCCGCCCUCCCGCGCAGCUUCGCGGGCAACAUCCCGGUAAACCGCACAGGGCACCCCAACGAUACCCUCUUCUUCUGGGCGUUCGAGAAAGUCGGCGCGAAUGGCUCUUUGACUGCACCCGCCGACGUGAACAACACCGAUCCAUGGAUCAUUUGGCUGCAAGGAGGUCCAGGGUCCUCCGGUAUGAUUGCGCUCACGACGGAGAAUGGCCCAGUCCAUGUGUUACCCAACGGCUCCUGGGUGUUCAAUAACUUCAGCUGGAACAACCUCGCAGAUACCAUCUGGAUUGAUCAACCUGUGGGCACCGGGUUCUCGACGGCGGAUACAACAGGCUACGUCUCAGACGAGGAUCAGACGGGACAGGACUUCGUCGGCUUCCUGUCGAACCUCGUCCAAGUGUUCCCGAGUCUUGCGACGCGUCCCUUGUACCUAUCAGGCGAGAGCUACGCCGGGACGUACAUCCCUUACAUCACGAAGCAUCUCUUCCAGACGCCCAAUCCGCCUGUCAAGCUCCGCAAGAUCACCAUUGGGGACGGUUCGCUCGGGUCCCAGGCCACUGUCGAGCAUCUGCCAGUGGUCAAUGUCAUCGAGACGUAUCCGGCCCUCAUCGGAUAUGAUGAGGACGUAUUCAACUAUUUCCGCGAGCAAACACAUCUCUGUGGCUUCGACCUGAAUCUCACAUACCCUCAAAACGGUCAUUUCCCGACUUUAAACCUCGUCCGACCCACAACCUCGUCGGCCCUGAGCGAGUCGAUUCUCAACCCCACCGAAAGCCGCGCCAGAACCCUCAAGGAGACCAUCUCUGAGAAGUUUGCCGCCGUGCACGGCAGCCCUUCUUUAGCGAAGAGGGCCGAGUUCCACGAGCGCAGGGAGGCAGAACGUCAGCAAUGGAAGCGGGAUCUCUCAGGGCGCGCGAAUGGCACGAUCGACCCCUCAUACGGCUGCUUUUUGCUGGACGAGCUGAUUGACUAUGCGGUCAACUUCACGUUCCCCUGGUCGAACGGUGACUUUGACGUGUAUGACAUUCCCGACGCGACAAAUCCCGAGCCCUUCAAGAACGCCUCCUCCUUCUUCAACGAUGACGCCACCCGUGCGGCCCUCCACGCGCCGACGUCCAAGGACUGGAUCCGGAACUUCAACUACCCCUUCGGCUCUACGUACAACAGCACCGGGGGAAACCAGUACGGAGAUCCGUCCGUCGAGCCGAUCGCCUUCCUCUCCGACCUCGCCGCAAACGCCUCGGCCGCGAACGUUUCCAUCGUCUUCUACUCGGGCAACGACGACUCGCUCGUCCAGCAUCACGGCACGGAGGUCAUCAUUCAGAACAUGACGUUCGGCGGCCAGCAAGGCUUCACGCACAAGCCCUCCACGCCAUGGUUCGAUGACGAUGGCAACUUCGCCGGGAUCGUCCACCAGGAGCGCGGACUCGCGUAUGUGCUGUUCCAGGGCGCGGGACACCUGGUGCCGAUGUGGAAGCCGGCGCAGGCGUUGGUCUUCCUGCGGGAGUUCGUGCUGGGCAACAACCUGAACGGGACAGUCUCCGGGACGGUGGUGGUCGGCGGGGAGAACAGUACGCUGGCAAACGACUUCUUGCCGGGAGGCAAGGAGAUCUUCUAUGGCUCAUCGGCCACGCAGUACACAUACACGGUUCCAGCGGCAUCGGCGUCCGCAUGGAGUGCCUUCAUUGCGACUGCAACAGCCACACAGGGGCCCAACAUUGGCGCAGUAAACGGGGUGAUAGGUAGUGGGCUACCUGGAGCGACAUUGGUGGCGAUCUGGAGCAUUAUUGUCGCAGUUGGGGUCGCAUUGCUCUAG